AUGUCUAAUAUAGCUUUCAAGAUCCGCCAAGCUGCCUCCGGGGUUGAUCAGGUAGUUUCUGAUUAUGCCAGUGGCUACUACAAUCAUCUGUUGAAUGCAACUUAUGACGCAGUUCAAAGUAAGCAGUUAGAACUACCAGAAGAAGUUUCUUUUGUCCAAAAUGUAUUGAUUAAUGCGGGUGGAAAUGAAGAUAAAGUCAAUGAGCUUUGUAAGGAGAUGCUUGAAAGGUUGACUCUCCAAUACCAAGAAAACCAGGCCAAAUUAGAGGUCACCGGUGACACUAGUAAGAGAUUAUUGGAUGUGAACGUUCUGCAGCAUCACAACAGCAAGGCGAACAUCAAUACUUCGCUUUCAAUGCUAGGUGUGAAUAAUGAUAUUGAGCAUACAGGGCGGAAAAUGGACACCCGCGUUGAUAUAAAGAAACUAGAAAAAGCAGAGAAGAAGAUUGCCAAAAAAGUGGCCAAAAGAAACAACAAGUUUGUGAAGUACGAAGCGUCCCGACUCAUUAACCAAUCUAAGGACGACGACUACGAUUCAUUCUUUUUGAAGAUAAAUCCUUUGGAGUUCGGGUCCGGAGCUGGUAAAUCCAAGGACAUUAAAGUCGAUACAUUCGACUUGUACGUUGGUGACGGUCAAAGAAUUCUUUCGGACGCUCAAUUAACUUUGAGCUUUGGCCACAGGUAUGGGUUGGUGGGUCAGAAUGGUAUCGGUAAGUCGACUCUACUCAGGGCCCUGUCACGCAGAGAAUUGAAUGUACCUAAGCACAUUUCCAUUUUGCACGUUGAGCAGGAACUUAGAGGAGAUGAAACCAAAGCUUUACAAAGUGUUCUUGAUGCAGAUGUGUGGAGAAAGCAACUGUUGACCGAAGAACAAAAAAUCAAUGAGAGGCUUCAAGAAAUAGAGAAACUGCGUCCGGAGUUUGAAGAAGAAAGCUUGGAGGUGAGGAAACUCGACAAUGAACGUGAGGAUCUUGAAAACCACUUAGAGCAGAUUGGUUCGAAAUUAGUAGAUAUGGAGUCGGAUAAAGCUGAAGCUAAGGCUGCCUCAAUUCUGUACGGCCUGGGUUUUAGCACGGAAGCCCAACAGCAGCCCACAAACUCAUUUUCUGGUGGUUGGAGAAUGAGACUUUCUUUAGCAAGGGCUCUUUUCUGUCAGCCAGAUUUACUACUGUUGGACGAACCGUCUAAUAUGUUGGAUGUCCCAUCGAUCGCCUAUUUGUCAGAAUACCUAAAAUCAUAUCCCUCUACACUCUUAGUGGUUUCACACGACCGCUCAUUCUUAAAUGAAGUUGCAACAGAUAUUAUCUAUCAGCACAAUGAGCGCUUAGAUUAUUACAGAGGCCAAGAUUUCGAUACUUUUUAUGCCACAAAAGAGGAACGUCGUAAAAACGCCCAACGAGAAUACGAAAACCAGCUUGCUUAUAGAAAACAUCUCCAGGAGUUCAUUGACAAGUAUAGGUAUAAUGCUGCUAAAUCUCAAGAGGCUCAAUCGAGAAUUAAAAAACUUGAAAAAUUGCCCGUUUUGGAGCCUCCGGAAGAAGAGAAAACUAUCAACUUCCACUUUCCUGAUUGUGAAAAGCUCUCUCCUCCUAUCAUUCAACUACAGGAAGUAUCUUUUGGCUUCAACCCUGACCAAUUAUUGCUAAAGGACGUAAAUUUAGAUGUCCAAAUGGACUCCAGGGUUGCUUUGGUUGGAGCAAACGGGUGUGGUAAAACCACAUUGCUUAAAAUUCUUAUGGAACAGCUAAGCCCUCUCCAUGGCUAUGUAUCCCGGAACCCAAGGUUGCGCGUGGCUUACUUUACUCAACAUCACGUCGACUCAAUGGACUUGAACUCCUCUGCUGUAGAUUGGAUGUCCGUUACCUUCCCUGGAAAGACAGAUGAAGAGUAUAGACGGCACCUGGGUGCAUUCGGUAUUACGGGCUCUUUAGGCCUGCAAAAAAUGCUCUUAUUAUCAGGAGGGCAAAAAUCUAGGGUGGCCUUUGCCGCUUUGUGUCUGAACAACCCCCACAUUUUAGUUCUCGAUGAACCUUCUAACCACUUGGACACGGCAGGUUUGGAUGCGUUAAUGGAUGCUCUGAAGAAAUUUACUGGUGGAGUUUUGAUGGUUUCUCACGACAUUUCUGUUAUUGAUGGUGUUUGUAACGAAAUUUGGGUAUCGGAAAGCGGAACUGUGAAGCGAUUUGAUGGUACCAUCCACGAUUACAAGAAAUAUAUCAUAGCAUCGGCUGGAAAAGCCGGGGUGGUAAAGAGACACUGA